AUGCCACAAGCUGCAAAUCAACCCAACUGUCUGACCUAUAGCUCAAAAGAAACGGAACCUGGGCAAGUACAAGAAAGCAUCCUCUUUAGAAGAAACUCAAAAGCUCGUCGUAGCAGAAUUCAUCCGAGAAGUUCGUUUCACCAAACGACUAUCCAAUGUUGUUAUGGUAAGGAAGGCCUCAGAUACCAACACCAUGGCCAUCUCAAGAAGGCGGGUGCUCCGGACUUCACUCUCCAAAUGCUUCAAGUGCGUUAUCCAGACUUGAAUGCUAAUUUUGAGCUAAAGACCGCCUUGUUCAAUCUACUCUCCAAGUUCCAUGGUCUACCCGCUCAAGACCCUUUUAGACAUCUUAGGGACUUUCAAGGUGUAUGCUCAACCACUAGGAGAGAGGGCUUCGAUGAAGUUUCUAUUUGGGUGUUUGCCUUUCCAUUCUCUCUUGAGGAAAGGGCAAAAGAGUGGUUUUAUACCCUACCCGAUGAUGUUGUCACCAAUUGGGUUUUGCUUCGAAGGGAAUUUCUAGACAAAUUCUUCCCUCUGGAGGUGAUCGAUAGGUUGAGAAAAGAAAUCUCAUGCAUCAUUCAAGGUGAUUUGGAAACUCUUUAUGAGUAUUGGGAGCAUUUUAGGAAGCUCCUUAAUUCAUGUCCUCAUCACAUGAUUAACGAUUUGGUGUUGAUUAGUUACUUUUGCCAAGGCAUGAAGCCACAAGAUAAGAUCCUUUUGGAUGCUUCGAGUAAUGGCUCUUUAACAAAGUACAAAAUGGCGGAGGAAGCUUGGCAACUUAUUGCUGAUUUAGCCGAAUCUACCCAACAUGCAAGACAAAGAAACAAUCAUCCAAGGGCUAUCAAUGAAGUUUCCUCUAAUGAGCAUGCACUCACCAAGACCUUAGGGGAGAUGACCACCAUUCUCAAGCAAAUCCAUCUUAAUCAACAACAACCUCCUCCACAACAACAAUACCAAAUGGUAGCUCUACAAAGAGCAUGUGGAGUUUGUGCUUGCAACUCUCAUUAUACGAUGAAUGUUCGCAACUCCAAGAGGACAAUACCUUGGCAGCCACCAAUGCUUACUUCAACCAUUCCAAUCAAGGCCCCUAUCAACAAGGGGGUAAUUAUAACCAAGGGUGGCAAAACCAAGGUUGGCAAGGCAAUUCCAAUCAAGGGUGGAGAGAUAGUUCAAAUCAAAGAGGAAACAACAAGGCAACGGGAGCUUCAAACCACACUUCACUCUACCCUUCCCGCACUCACCUCUACCCUCCAAGAGCUUAUAUCUCGUAUGGCUCCACCUUCUACCAAUAACAAAAGCACCUUCCAACCUUCAAGCUCAAGUUCACUCCCCUCUCAACCAUUGCCCAACCCAAAGGGUAGCAUCAAUGCCAUCUCUUUAAAGUCUGACACCAAACUACAAGAGAGUAGUUCCAAGGAAUCAAAGGCAAAGGAGGCUAUUCUCGAUGAAGACAUUGUUGAGGUGGAGGAUGUGGAUGAUGAGAAAGAAGUUCAAGAACUUGUGGAAGAGGAAGUCGCUCAAACAAGAGAAAGUGGUCCCAAGGAGGAAGAUGCUUUAAAGGAAGCCAUGCCAAUUCCCUUUCCAGCUUUGGCAAAGAGGACCAAAAAGCAAGUGCAGCUGAAUCCCAAGAUGGUGGAUAUCUUCAAAAAGGUUGAGGUAACCAUUCCCCUUUUUUACGCUAUUCGCCAAGUUCCUAAGUAUGCUAAGUUUCUAAAAGAUUUAUGCCUGAACAAGGAAAAGAUUAAUGAAUUAGAAACUAUUCCUUUGGGUAGCUCAAUUUCUGCUUUGAUGGGUGCUAUACCGGAGAAAUGUGGUGAUCCCGAUCCUUGCUUAGUUUCUUGCACUAUAGAUGAUGUUGAAUUUGUGGAUUCUAUGUGUGAUCUUGGUGCUUGUAUGAGCAUUAUAACUUUGUCUAUUUACAAUGAAUUGGACCUUCCACCAUUGAAAAGGUCGGCAGCUCGUUUUGUUUUAGCCGACAAGAGCAUUAUUUCUGUGGCCAGUAUUGCUGAGAAUGUCUUAGUGAGCAUCAAAAGAUUAACCUUACCGAUUGAUUUUUACAUCCUUGAGAUGCCCUCUAAUGACUCCGGGAAGCCAUCAUCCAUUAUAUUAGGGAGGCCUUUCUUGAAGACUUCUAGGUUUAAGCUUGAUGCAUUUUCAGGCACUUACUCUUUUGAGAUUGAUGGUAGAAUGUGUGUUUUGUUAGAGGAAGAUGAGAAAAUUGGGCCGGAAGAAGUGAAUACUGAUGUAGACUUCAUCCAACCUCCUAAAUUUGAUGUGUUUGAUAAUGAAGAAGGCUUAGAAGAGGUUGAUGAAGGGUGGCUACAAAAUGUUGAAGUGGACUUUACCCAACCUCCCAAAUUUGAUUUGAUUGAUGGUGAGGAAGUGGUGGACAACCAAGCAAUGAAGGUCCUAAUGCAAGAAUGUAGAAGAACAAAUUCACCCCAAGAGCAAUUUGAAUAG